AGAUGCUUGAGAGAAACUUCUAAAAGUAAGAUUUAGUUAGAACAGAGACGAAACAAAAAUGUGAUGACUGAAUAAGAUGAGACCCAACAAGAGCGUAGCGGGAGAGAAUGGAAUGAUUUGUGAAUGACCUUUUUUUCUAAGGACUUUAAUAGAACAUCUCUUAAUGAAGGAAGGCAAAGGCUUAAACACCUGGUACAUUUGUAGCUCUUGAGGAUUAAUUACUUGAAGAUAAAUGAAUUUGAAAUUCAUCCGUUAAGAAAAUGGAAGAACUUGAUGAACCUGACCAGCCUAUCUCAGGGGAGAGGCAAGAAAUUCGAAAGAGAAGACGCCCCAGCCAACCAAUGGUAGACAAAUCCCUACAAACUGAAGUUACAGAGAAAAGGAAACCCACAGCCACACCACAGUCAUCUGGGCCCAAAGCUCCCUUUAGUACUGGUAAUACUCCUUCGAGCAAAGGCAACUCCUCUGCCAAAGAAUAUGAGUCUCGUAGAAUAUCUUCUCAACUUCAGCAAAACUGGAAAAAGAGAAAACAUGGACAGGAAAUGACUGAUAAAUCUCUGCAGACAGAUCCCAUCAUAAAUGAGAAAGAAGAAAUCAAUUUAGUUGAUGAAACAGUGGUACCUGAAGAAAAGCCAGUUGGCAUUGGGGUAGCAGCAUUUGAGUUACCAGAGCGGGUUCAGGAUGUAGAAACUCCAACAAGGAAACCGUCCGUUCAGUCAAAAAUAGACAGAUCUCAGCAGACCAGUUGUACUGGAGGCAUGCUGAAAAUUUGCCAAGUUGAAAAAGCUGACAAGGAGCAGCAGACCUCUUUUGGUGAAUUUGAAGUAAUUGUUAUUUCUAGCCCAAGUAGUUCUACAAAAUCAAAGAAAGAUGUCCAGAAAACCAAAUCCUCAGAAAAUGUUUUUGUUAGCGAACACCCUGAAUUUCAACCAGAAACAAGUAGCCAAGAAGAAUUUAGGCAGAAAAGUGUUGACAGAGCUUUAUUUACUCAGGAAACCAGAACGGAUACACCAGUACUUUUAGAAGGUGGGUCUAGGGCAGAGGUAACCAUACCCCUUAAAGAAGGUUCCUCUGUUACAAAGGGGGCUUCUGCUGAGAUAGAGGCCCUAUCAUUAGAAAAGAUCCCUGCUGAAGUUCAGCCCCUACCAGCUGAAGAGGCUGCAGCUAACGCAGAGCCCAACCUUGCUGAGAGAACCUCGGCUGAGGCAGCUGUUGUAACGGCAAAAGUCCUUGUUUUAGAACAGGCUCGGUCAACUGAAGAGCUGCCUUUAACGGAGUCUUCAUCAGUAGAAAAGGUCAUAAAAAAGUGCUAUGAUCAAGUGGGCUAUCUGUCAGCUGAAGCGGCUCCCUUAGAAGCUUUUCCUGCUGAAAUUCAGCCUUCACUGAUAGAAAAAUGUCAGGUUGAAGUACUACCUCCAAUAGUUGAAGAUGCCCAUGAGGAAACUUUAGGAAUAGUGGAACCUCGCACGGCUGAAGAGACCCCUGCUGAAGUACAGCCUCCACUGGCUCAAGAGGUUCUGGCAGAAAUUCAGCCUCUCUCAGCUGAGGAGGCAUCUGCAGAAGAGGCCCCUGCUCAAGUUCAGCCUCCACCAGCUAAGGAGCUUCCUGUAGAAGAGGCUCCUGGUGAAGUUCAGGCUCAACAACCUGAGGAGGCUCCUGCAGAAGAGGCCCCUGCUCAAGUCCAGUCUCCACCUGCUAAGGAGCUUUCUGUAGCAGAGGCUCCUGGUGAAGUUCAGGCUCAACAACCUGAGGAGGCUCCUGCAGAAGAGGCCCCUGCUGAAGUCCAGUCUCCUCCAACUGACAAGGCUCCUGUAGAAGAGGUCCCUGCUCAAGUUCAGAGUCAACCAGCUGAAGAGGCCCCUGCUGAAGUCCAGUCUCCACCAGCUGAGGAGACCCCUGAUCAAAUUCAGCCUCCAUCAACUUAUGAGGCUCCUGUAGAAGAAGCUGAAGAGGCCUCUGCUCAAGUUCAGUCUCCAGCUGAGGAGGCGUCUGCAGAAGAGGCUCCUGCUAAAGUCCAGUCUCUAGCUGACAAAGUGCCUACAGAAGAUGCACCCACUACAGUCAAGUUUCCACCAGCUGAUGUGGCUCCUGCAGAAGAGGCCCCUGCUCAAGUUCAAAGUCAACCAGCUGAGGUGACCCCUGCUCAAGUUCAGAGUCAACCAGUUGAUGAGGCUCCUGCAGAAGAGGCCCUUGCUCCAGUUCCGCCUCCUCCAGAAAAGGCCUCUCAUAACGUUUGGUCUCCAAUACCUGAGGUCUCUGCAGAAGCUUAUUCUUCAUCACUUGAAGAGACUUCUAUAGAAGAGGUAUCUGAAGUUCAGUCCCACCAGCUGAGGGAUUCUGAAGAAGAGGCUCUUCCUGAAGUUCAGUCUCCACCAUUAGGAGCCUCUGAAGUAGAGGCUCUUGCUGAUAAACAUGCUUCAUUAACUGAUGUAGUUCCCACUGAAGAAUUCCCCAUGCAAGAGACGUCAGCUGAAAUUUUACCUCCAUCAUCUGCACAAGCCCGUGCGUGUGAAGCUGUAGUGGAAAAUGUCUCUACUGAAUCUCGGUCUCCUCAGGUGGCAGGUGCCUCAGAGAAAACAUUGGGGUCAGUUGUUCUAAAAGGUGUUACAAAAUUUGAAUAAAAGUUUCUUGUUUCUGAA